UAUGCUACCUGUUGCCGUUUGGGUUUCCUCAUUGAUUUUGAUACAGAAAGUGCUAAAUGUACCCGCUGUAAGUUUAAUAAGAACCAUAAAUCAAGUUUGUGGAAUUGGUAUUCAUUGUGAUCAAAGAAAAAAUUUAGGUUGUGUAUACGAAAAUAGUGACAGAGGUAAAUGUAAUUGUCCGGAAAAUUAUAAAUGGAAUGGUGAAAAAUGCUCUCAUAGAAAUCCAAAGAAAUUUGGUGAAAAUUGUAAAGAUAGUGAUGCUAGAUGUAUUGAUUAUGGUAAUAUAUGUAAGAAUGGGAAAUGUCAAUGCGAAUCCGGUUUAAAAGCAGAUGGGAAUAUUUGUAGACAUUGUAUGUAG